ACCAAUUACAUACAUCCACACCAAGAACCUUUAUUUGUAAGAGUCUAUUUUUGACGUUAUUUAGAGAAUGAUUGUGAUUGAAAAUGUCAGUUCUAGUGAAACACGCCCUCCUCGCAGUAGGCGGUGGCUCCGCAGCGCUCGCUGGGCCAUUCUUCUGGUUCUGUUGGUCCUCAUCUAUGGCUCUCACGCUCCCCUCAUCGCCCUCACUAAAAUAGAUGGCCGUGUUCCCUUCAGCUCCUCGUCUUGUGUGGUUCUGAUCGAGUUUAGCAAGUUGCUGGUCUCUCUGGGCGCUCUGAUUAUUACGGGGAACAUCCACACCCUCGGAGCGUCUGUGUCCUGGGCUGCUGUUGCUCCGUACGCUGUUCCAGCUCUUCUCUACUCCUUCAACAACAACCUGGUGGUCUAUAUGCAGGCCUACAUGGACCCCAGCUCCUUUCAGGUGCUCAGCAACCUCAAGAUCGCCUCCACCGCCCUGCUGUAUACAUCCUGCCUGAGAAAGAGGCUGAGGCCUGCGCAGUGGCUGGGAUUGGGCUUUCUCAUGGGGGCUGGGGUCUGUCACAGCUACAGCAGCCUGGAUUGGGAUAACCCAGAUGGAGAAGGUAAAAUGAGCUCCAGGCUUUAUAUCACAGCCUGGGGUUUAUUGAUGGUGCUUACAUAUUGCUUCAUAUCAGGACUUGCAGCAGUCUACACAGAGAGGGUGUUAAAAACCCAGCGUCUACCACUCAGCCUACAGAACUUGUUCCUCUAUGUAUUUGGUGUGGGCAUAAAUUUUGCAUCACAUGUCUACAGCAGCGGUGGAGAGCAUUCGUUUCUGGAAGGCUACUCUGCCGUGGUGUGGCUCAUUGUAGCUGGACAGGCAGCGAACGGCCUGCUGAUGUCCAUAGUAAUGAAACAUGGAACUGGAAUCACCCGACUCUUCAUCAUCUCCUCAGCCAUGCUGGUGAACAGCGUCCUCUCCUGGGGGCUGCUGGGAUUGCAGCUCACGCCUUUCUUUCUCUUGCCUGUUCUGAUGAUCGGAUUGGCCGUGUACCUUUAUUACAGGUAGCUGAUCAAGAGUUUGAGCCAAGAUAACAAAGACAGUGGACUAAUUGGACUAGCACUGGCCAGAAAAACGGUGUGUGUUUUUUCUAUUAUUUUUUUCCUUUUCUUUUAAUUUUACUUUCUUUAAUGAAAGGGGAUUUUCACUGUUUUGUUUGUUUUGUUUGUUUGUUUGUUUGUUUUCAAAAUAUCUCAAUAAUGCAGUUGUUGAGAUGUAAACAAAGCAAUCCAGAGAAGUUUGAGGUGAAAUGUGUCACUCUAUAGAAACCUACGAAUUGGAUUUCUUUACAGUAAUGGCAAUAGGAACCAGGGGUCACAAUACACACACAUGUAGCCAUUUAAUUUACUGUCCUAAAUGACAUGUGAAUUACGUGUGAACUUAAGGUAGGAGUGGGUGAUAUGGCAAAAAUGAAAUCACGAUACUUGAAGACAUAUUCAUGAUACAAGAUGUGCGUCACAAUAUGUAGUUUUAUGAAGUUUUAUAAGUUGAAACAGACAGAAAAAAGUACUAUCAAAAUCUGAGUGCAGUGAUUUGUAUUGAACAUUUCAUGUACUGCACUGCGCUAAAGCCAAUUAACCAGGGCUGAUUAUGCUCUCUUUGAAAUGAAACUUGCAGUUGGUCAGUGUUCCGUAAUUACUGAGGCUGUCCAUGAUAUGCUAGAAAAGGGUAUUGUGGCAUGAUUUCUCAUGAUGAAAAAAUAUUGGCAUAUAGCACACAGCAACCUACACAUGUCUUUUAAGCUUUGUAUAUAAUGGUAAAAAGUAUAGUAGAUCUGAAAAAAAUAAGUGUUCUUUGGGAACUGCUUUGCAAUGUACUACAUGGGCUACACCAACAUGAAAGGAUUUAAAAAAAAAAUCAUUUUAGGCCAAAACUUUAUCUCAAAACUGUUGUAAAACAGUGUCUCAGGCUUCAAACACUUCCAAAGUCUGGUGAACUAUUCUGACUAUAAGUUGAACGCAUUUUACAUCAAACCACUCUGAAUGACUUUGUUUGCAUCUUAACUAUUGAAUCAUGCAGAAAUUUUGAAAAAUUAGUGAACUUUCCUUUUAAAGACACUCCUUAGUUCUGCAGAUAUUUCCAAAUGGGGAAAAGGUUGUGAACCAUCCAGGAGGUUUAUAAGGAGGUGAACUGUGAAUGGCUUGUAAAUUGGAUUGUUGUGUGGUUGUAAUGUUGACUAUAACACAACAAAACUAACACAGAAAUAUGUAUCAGUAAUCUCUCCAUAUAUUGCUGAAAUGUUUUUUGUUUGUUUUUAAGGAGUUGCCUUUGCAGUCUUUGUCUGUUUUUUUCCGCUAAGUAUCCAUUUCUGCUUUUGCCUUUUCUACUUUAAUAUCUUAAUAUCAAAUCUUGUCAUGAAUAAAAUUUCAUCUCUUGAAGACUGUCAAAUGUCAGAAUGUGAAAACGUUUUGUUUGUUUUAAAUGUUUUAUUCUCCAUUAUGCCAAACAAUACAAAAUGGUACAUCAUGCAGAUAUUGAAAGUAUUUAUAAAUGAAAUUAUGCAAAUAAAUAUUAUGAAAUUGUG